AUGAAAUUAUCACGUCAUAAAUUCGUUCGUCGAUUAUUAAAUUAUUAUCGAACACAUUUUCAUAUCGAUAUACCUUUUAUCAUCUUAAUCGAUGGAACAUUUGCUUUCGAAGCACUUCAAUGGAAAAUACAAAUCGAUGAACAAUUGAAAGCAUAUUUAGAAACUGAUCAGAUCAAAUGUUCAACAACACUUUGUGCAAUCAGAGAAACAGAAUUAUUAGGUAAAAUCGCAUUUGGUGCGAUGUUAAUCUUAAAACAAUAUGAAAUCAUUCGAUGUGAUCAUCAUCCAGCAAUUUCCGCUGAAAAAUGUUUUCAACAUGUGUUAAGAAAAGAUUCAACAAAACAAUAUUUUCUCGCUUCACAAUCAUCAUCCUUACGUGAAUAUAGUCGUGAACAUCGUCCAGAUUUACCAACAAUGUUAAUUACACACAAUGCAAUCAAUUUAGAACGUCCAUCAUUGUUGAGUCAUUCAAUAGUCGAUGAAAAUAAGAAGAAACGAUUAAAAAUUAGUAAACAUGAAUCAAAUGUUUUGAAAAAGAUCAAAGAAGAACUUCAUCUUGAUGAAGACAAAAAUGUAAUUCUAAAGAAGAAAAAGAAGAAAACUGGUGUGAAUCCUUUGUCGAAUAAAAAGAAGACGAAAAAAUCUUUAAAAACUCAAGCAGUUAAUGGCAAACGAAAACGACGUCGUACACGACAAAUCCGAAUGUCUUCACAUUUAAAAGAACAUUUAAAAGAAUUACAAAAAACUUUUUCAAUUAAAGAUUUUUUUCAACAAAAAACUUUCUUUUAG